AUGGCAAACGUGUCAGGGCUUUCCGUGACGCGCAUGGAUCCAGAUGAGGUGCAGCGCUUGCUGCAGGCGGCCUAUGGCGAGGAGUACGGGAAGACGGGGCAUCAGCUGGCAGGGCACACGGUGGUAGCCGCGGAGGACGUUGCCAGCGCCUUUCAGGGGGGAGGCAGCAGCCUGCUCUACGGCACCUCGAUGCGCUGA